AUGGCGGCAUCCCGCCGCGGCCAGCCUGAGCUGCAGGUCCGCCUUCCCUCGACCCAGAACGUUGCGACCCCCGAAUUACCUCCCAUAUCCGCCCUAUUUCUAAUCGACUUCGACGUCAAGGCUGGGUAUACCAUCUCGUGGAAGGAUUCUAUACCUGGAGUAGAGCUCGAGGGUGUCGUCGAGUACAAGUCCCUACCUUCGGGACUACAUACCGUUUCGGAGGACCUGAUCUACUUCGUGCAUGAUGGAUAUGCGGGGUUGAGUGCGUUCGUCAAUGCGCCUGUUGAGGAUAGCGAAGUGCGUAAUGCGAGGAUGCUGGCGGUGGGCGUGCUGGUGCCGCUGAGUUAUGGUCGGUUGGGAAGAGCUUGGAGACAUGCUGAGGGCUUAAAGACAAUGGCAUCGACAUUUGCUACAAGUAGCAAGGAUAUCAGUAUAUUGGAGGAAUACUGGCAGAAGCAUCAGGCCAAGGAAGAAUCAGUUGCGCCGGUCGAAUCUGUCGAGUCACCAUCUAUUUCCUUUCAACCCCCGCCGAAGCAACCUCAGAGCCACGUUAGGAAUCGUUCGGCCUCUGAUGGGGCAGCUUUACUACCGCCUGGUCAUAGACUCUCCGCAUACCAUCCCGCCUGGAGCUUGACAAAGCUCUUAGACACAUUUGGGCCUCUUAUAUUUCCAAUAUACCGUGCUGCGUUACUGCGCAAGCGCAUUCUAAUAUCAUGCCAUGCACCCGUUCAAGAAGCUUGCAAUUUCGUCUACGACAUAUCUAUCCUAUCCAACAUCCCACAACCAAUAUUCGACCUCUUAUCCCCUAGCUCGCCUCCCCACCGCUUACGACCCCUCUUCUCCAUUGGCGUCCACGAUAUCCCUUUCCUCGUUGAGGAUUCUAAACCUAGACGCAAUAGUGACGAGUCCCCAGACGGCGAUCAUGAGGCUGGAACGGGUUGGGUAGCUUGUACGACCGACAGUAUCCUCGCCAUGAAAGAUACGCUCUGGGACGUCCUCAUCACCUUACCAGCUCCGCACUCCACGAAAGCAGUACGACGCAUCUGGCCUAAGAUCGAAGGGCCGGGCGGUAUUCCCAUCCGCGCCUCGCAGCGGGACCUGCGACGCUUCCGCUCUCUCGAGGCCGGACUGGCCCGGCUAUCCUCACAACUUAGUCCUGGCGCGUCGCCCACCACGCCUCGAGACCCUGCUGCAACUAAUGACCCGUUUUUUGAUGACGCAGAGGAGAAGGAGGUUGUCGAGCCCCUCAGCUGGACUGCCCUUGCCUACAAUGGCUUCAUGUGGUGGGCCUCGGCCGGCGAGCAAGCCCUCACAGAAAGAGCCGAGGAAUCAGCCCGCGACGCCGAGCUCCUCGCCGACAUGGUUGGCUCACCAUCUUCCCCUUCCGCAGUCCGAAUGGAGGCUCCCCUACUAUCCGCAUCAGUCGCCUCACUACCGCCUGCCGACCCCAGCGAGGCGCGCACAGAACUCGCCCUUAUCGCGUAUUUCCACCGGCUUACGAUGCAGGUCCUCGGUACGCUAGCGGACGUUGUCGAGAGCGAUGAAGACGACGGGGAAGACGGUUCUAGGGACGAGGACGAUGACGAUGGUACUGCCGCGUUAAUCGACGACGACGACGGCGCGGAGGGCCGGGGCGUGCGCGUAAGCAGCGAAGAUGUCGCGCGUAUGGGCCUCGAUGUGUGGAGCGCUGCGGAUUCGGCGUUUGUGACGGCGGCUGUGGCGGCGUAUUUUGGUCGUAGGGCCUAUGUUGAGGGGAAGGGGGUUGAAGUUUGUGGUGUUAGAGUUUGUUAG